AUGCUUCAUGAAUUACUUCUAGCACUGAAGGGUCAUUAUGGUGGUGUUUUUAAUCAUUCAAAUGAUGGAAUCACGGUUGUUCCAGGUCUGCCCUUUAUCCAUGCCUCAGAAGAAGUAGUGUUGAACCAGCUGUGUAAAUUGGGCACUUACUACAAGGACUUCCGUGACUUCAUUCAGCACUAUGGUUCUGGACUUCUUGCUGUCCACCAGCCAGACACUGAUGACUUGCAUGGCUUGUACAUGAAGUGCCUAUGCCAAGGUUUGAACAAUGUUCUAGAAGAUUAUAGGCAAGUCUUGUUGGAGAUUGAGCAGGACAUCCUACAUGAUGCUCACCUUCCGGUCUCUCACAUAGCUUGCAGAUUGCAAGAGUUUCACUUGUUGUUUCCUGUCUUGGCAACAACAAUUGAUCAAGUUGUCUCUCAUAAGGCACAUGGAUGCUACAUUCUUGAUAUCCUUUACAAAAAUGCCACUUUUGGAAUGCCUGGUGUAAAGAAUGCAUUAAACAGGAUCCUGUUUGUAUGUCAUGGACUGUUGUUCAAACAGCUGUCUGCUUGGAUGCUGCAUGGUAUCAUAUCAGAUCCUUAUAAUGAGUUUUUUAUUCAGAGAGCACAGCAUGGCUUGGAUGUGACUGACAGACAAGCCGAAAGUGAUGACGAUGAUUUGGGUAUUAUGGGAUUGACAGGUCGACAGUUGCAGAAAGUUCACCUGGGCUCAGAGAUGGAGGUUACACCACAUGACACAGGACAGUUUUGUAUAGCAGCAGGUUUACUGCCGUCCUACAUCCCUGUCAGGGUGGCCAGGAAGAUUCUCUUUGUUGGUGAAAGUGUUCAGAUGUUUGAGAGAGACAAACACAAAAUAAAAUCUACACACAAAGCUGGGACUAUCAUGAGUAGCAGAGAGGAUGAAUUUGCAGCAGACUUGCAAGAAUUGUCUAAACAGCCAGAAUUCAACAGCAUUGGGUUUGAAACUAUCAUUGACAGAAUCAGAGCCCAUGCAGCUGAAUACCUCUGGAUGUUGGUGUGUGAGGAAGCAGAUCUGAGAAGUGAGUUGAGAAUCCUCAAGGAUUAUUUUCUUCUCGGCCGAGGUGAACUUUACCUUGCCUUCAUUGAUCAAGCACAGCACCUGCUGAGAGCACCACCUGUGUCAACAACAGAACAUGAUGUAAAUCGAGCAUUCCAACAUGCUGCCAGAAAUGUUCUCAUUGACAAUGAUGCACUGCUGCAAAGAUUUCAUCUCACGAUUCCAAAGUUAGCAAAAGAGAAAAAAAAACCUGAAAGUAAUUCACCUCAAGUGGAAGCAGAGACUGGUUGGAGUGGUCUUGGCCUUACGUAUUCUGUUCGAUGGCCUCUACACAUUUUCUUUACUCCUUCUAUUUUGGAAAAAUACAAUAGGAUUUUCCGCUUCCUGCUGGCUGUUCGUCGCACACAACUUGAUCUCCAACAUUGCUGGAGUCUACAAAUGUUCAACAAAGCAGCGUUUGUUUCACCAGCAGCAAGUGCAACCUGGCAACUGCGGACCCACAUGGCUUUUCUUGUAGAUAAUUUACAGUAUUAUCUUCAGGUGGAUGUUAUAGAGUCACAGUAUAAAAUUCUGCUUGACAAGGUGAAUGCCACAAAAGAUUUUGAGGCAGCCAAAAUUGCCCACGAACAUUUUCUGGCUUCACUUCUUGCCCAGAGCUUUAUUCACAUGAAAACUGUAUUCACAUGUUUGCAUGAAAUCCUGGAGCUGUGCAGUGUGUUUUGCCGAUUGCUUGUUGCUGCUGACACCCCACUGAGUGCCAGAGACACUCAACAGUUGGAGAACAUUACACUGAACUUUCAGCGUCACUCCAGCCUGUUAUUCAGGAUUUUGUCUGGUGUUCGUAGCCAGAGUGGUAGACCACACUUAGCCCAGUUAUUGCUGCGACUUGACUUCAACAAGUUUUUUACAAUUAUGGGAGGACAAUUUGGAAGUACCUGA